UAUGGCAGUUGCCGUCUCAGCUGUCUGCCACAUUAAAAUAAUCAAUAAUAACAGUUCCUAUGGGGUAUUAAUACAUCAAGUACAAAAAAUGGAGAUACGUAAGAGAUAAUUAUUUUUACAGUAAAAAGAAUACACUGUAAAAAAGGGAACAAUAUAAGUAAAUCGCAGAAAUCUGAGGCACCUGUCAAAAUUGGAAUAUCCACUUCGGUAUCCUUGGCGACUGCCUAGCAACGGGUACAACAACAUAGCAACAUUAGCAUCCGGCCCCAGCUUAUCUCGUUGGCUGGUUCAGAUAGAGGCAGGAGUAGCCCUGGAGACGCCGCCAUGGCAACCGCAGCUCGCUUUGCAGCAGGAGGCGGUGGCAGUAGCCCGCCUACCCCCGGUCCUGCAACGUCGCCCCCUGCCCAAUCUCAGCCAACCCAGCUCAUCGUGCUGCCAGCCAGUUUACAUCAGGGGACAGCGAGUGGAACUCUGGUUAAUGGUGUACCUGUAAUGCCUUUAGAGCAGACUGGAGACUCUAGUAACGAGAGUACUGGACCAGCUGACCAGGAAACUGAGUCUCAAGAAGAUACUAUUGCUACAACAUCUCCACAUUUUAUCACAGUCACCGUUGCGGAGGGAGACGCAGUGGCUUCACAUCAAAGCUAUCAUAUUCAGUAUGUGGAACAAGAGAUAUACGCCUCUCAGACAAAUGGUGGACAGACGCAAAUGGCCUAUCCAGUAUACACUGUGGGAGACUCCACCACCUUAUAUCCCAUAACGAACGCCGGACAACCUCAAGGGCAGUACUACGCUACAGCAACGCCAACCAAUGCCGCUCCCAACUCAACCACCGCUGUGACCGGUACGACCGUGGGCUAUACCGCCGCCACUGGACAGUACGUCGUGCAACAUACGGUUGAUCCUGAAGCUCUGAUACCCUCUACUAGAAUAGGUGCUCAAACUGGUAGUGCGGAAUAUGUCGCUACUACCGCGGGACAGUCCACGGGUCAGGUGGUAGCCGUAAGUUCCAACGGUGAAGAAGUAGGAUCUCCAUUGGGGCAUGCUACUAGAGUAUCUCCUGCUACUGUGCAAUGGCUGUUGGAGAACUACGAGACUGCAGAAGGGGUUUCUUUGCCGAGGUCAACUUUAUACGCGCAUUAUUUAAGACACUGCUCCGAAAAUAAGCUGGAACCUGUAAACGCUGCUUCUUUCGGCAAGUUGAUAAGAUCGGUAUUUCUAGGAUUGAGAACGCGCCGACUGGGAACCAGAGGGAACUCAAAGUAUCACUAUUAUGGUAUCAGAGUGAAACCAGGAUCGUCUCUUGUGAACGUCGAAGACUCUUCCAGUCGGGUGGUGCUGACUUCGAACUCCUCCGGGAAGGCGCAAGGCACGGUACGACCAUUCAAACGUAAUUCGGAGUCAUCGGAGCACCAAACAUCGAACGGGGCUCUUUUACAGCACGCAGCGUACCUAGGUGACGGUAGCAACGCCAUACCCGUUUUUCCUGACAUGCAUUUCACCGAACAGUUACCUGGAGAUUGCGGAUAUGAAGAUGUGGAUACUCUGAAAUCAAUUUAUAGGGAACAUUUGGAAGCCUUUCUUGAUGCCAUACUUAGCUUAGAGUUCAACACUGUCGAGUCGUUAUGGCGGGAAUUUUGGCGGUCGCAGUACAAUAAUAAUACGGACGAAUGUGAGGAAGAGAAGUACUUAUCAAAGUCAAAAUUAUUUUCCCUGUGUUCUUUGGAACCAGUGCAGCAAUUCAUAAAGCAAGUAGAUCUGGUUUUCUAUCAGAAUUUAAUUCAAGUUUUAGUACCCGACGUUUUGAAACCGAUUCCUGCCACGUUGACUCAAUCCAUAAGAAAUUUUGCUAAAAAUUUGGAAAGUUGGCUGACCAGCGCGAUGGCAGGUGCUCCAUCUAUGAUGCUUCAGAUCAAACUAUCUGCUGUAUCGGCGUUUAGUUCUAGUCUUCGCCGUUAUACGUCGCUGAAUCAUUUGGCGCAGGCAGCGCGGGCGGUACUACACAAUGGAAACCAAAUCGGACAAAUGUUGGCGGAUUUAAACAGGGUAGAUUUUCACAGUGUUAGGGAGCAAGCUUCUUGGGUUUGCCAGUGUGACAACGAAAUAGUAUCGCGAUUUGAAAACGACUUUAAGCUGACCUUGCAGCAGCAAAAUUCACUGGAACAGUGGGCGUCUUGGCUAAAAAACGUAGUUAAGAGCGCUCUGAAGCCGUACGAGGGCAGACCCAGUUUUUCCAAGGCAGCUAGACAGUUUCUUUUAAAAUGGAGUUUCUAUAGUUCAAUGGUGAUAAGAGAUUUAACUCUUCGAUCUGCCGCAAGCUUUGGAUCGUUUCAUUUAAUUCGUCUACUUUAUGAUGAGUAUAUGUUUUAUUUGAUCGAACAUCAGGUUGCUGAGGCUACUGGAGUAGUUCCAAUUGCUGUCAUUUUGGAAGGAAUUAAACAAGAUAUAAUGCAAAACAGUUUAUGUAUUUAUGGAAACAACGAUUCUGUAUAUAAUGGUGGAAAAUUAGGAUGCGUCAGUCCCACAGAACAUUUAACCAAACGACAGAAAAUCAGCUAGCCUGGACAGGUGUUGUAGGUAGUAACGAGUUUAGUCUUUGGGUCCCAGUAGGAAUAUUUUUAUAAUACUAAAGAGAUUAUUGGAAUUGUUGUUAUACAUAAAGCAUACCAUUUUUUCUUUAAAAUGAGAAUAUAAGUCGGUAAUUUAUGUGCACUUUUUCUAUGUAGUUGCUUUUUAUCAAUUUUUCAAAGUUACUUUUGUGGUAUUGUUGAAAUACUCACAAAUUGCCUUUUCUGUUAUCAGAUGUUUUUUUCUCUUAAAAGGGGAGAAAACCUGUAUAAAAACGGAAUAAUAUUAACUUAUUAGAUCUUUUUGAUUCUUGUACGAAUUCUUUUUUUACAUAAGAGAACUUUCAUUGAAACAUUGUUUUAAUUUUACAGGUGUAACAGUCAAUUUUAUCAUUAUGAACUGUGUGUGACUCAUUCUCUAUAAAAUAAAGUUGUAUUUAUUGAGUAUAAAAUCUUUAAAGCUUCACAUUCAUGGCGCCCAACGUGGAGCCAGCUGAAAUCGUGAGAAGUUUGAGCCCCACGUUGGGCGCUAAGAAUGCGGCGCUUUUAAAAUUUGAUAUUUGAUAUUCAAUAAAUGCAAUUUUGUUUUAUAGAUACAUAAUGAGAUACACAGAGUUCGUAACGAGGAAGUUGACUGUUACACAGAAGGUUAUUCUACUGUAGUCUGUCUAACUCAAGAAUGUAUGAUAGUGACUUUAUAGAAAGUUAUAGAGUGAAUUUUUGUAAGGAAUCGAUUUAAAGAGAUAUAAGUAUAUUGUUAAAUAUUAAUUUAUGAAUUUACAGUAGGUCAAAACCUUUUAUAUAGUCUGUACCACGAUAGUUCAACGAUACGUUAUCAUUAUUUAUUUUAUAUCCGUUUUAGAGUGUGUCCGAGAUUAUUUCAUAUUCUUUAGAAAAUUUAAAAAACAAGUAUGUUCCGAUAUUAGUAAUUGAGCGCGUUGAGAUUUAUUUAUUUAUUAUUAAUUUCAAGUAGGAAUUUUUGGUUGUUUUAAGUUGUUAUUUCAAUUUCAACAACCGGAUUAAAAUUUUGUUUGACAUUGUAGUCGAUUUUUAAUUUUGACACUGAUAUUCGUCAACAGGAUCAUAACCACAAACGUGAGAUGACAGCUACUCGAAACAAUGUGCAGUGAUUUACGCAAGGUCGUAAUGACUUUUACACUCAAUUUCAUUUCGUUUUCACCUCUAAGAGAAAAUACGAGGAUAUAUGACGUAACGUUGAGCUAUGAUUGUACAGACUCUAUCUAGUUUUACCAUACAAGACCAAAAUACAUUUUUUAACAUUUAAUUUUAAUUUUAAAAUUAUUUGGUAGCAUUUAUGAACUCAUAUCGUGUAAUGAUUAAGUUUUAAUCACCUGUUAAUGAUAUUCUUACAUUGUUGGGCAUACGUGCGUCUGGUCCUUAUAUAGUCUGUCCGACGAGAGGAUCCUUGACAGUGAUAGACCAUUAUCUGUCAUUUUAAAUCACAGAUAAAUUGGAUUUUCUGUCAUUUUUUGGAUGUCGUCUGUCGAAAUAUUCUCCGACUCAUUGGACAGACUAUACUUUGACAUAAUAUACGGGAAUGUAUCAUAUUUUAAUAAUAUUAUUACGAUUAUGCAUGAAUAAUUACUUAAUCUUUUUAUUAGCAUGUAUUUAAAAUAAUGUUUUA